GUUCGUACGUCGCGAAUAGAUUCGGACCAAUUAUUACGUAAACGUUACGCCAUCUACACGAGGUGGGAUUGAGUGUUUGUCAAAUAGAUGUCAGUGUUUGUGUGUGUCGGACAAAAAGUUUAUUUUGUAAACCGCACCCUCGGUUAAGUGUGUGCGAAAAAAGGAGUUUUGCGACGAUGACGAUUGCGACGUCGACGACGACGACGGUUACGAAUACAACGACGAUUUUUAGUAGUGCGAAUCCGUAGUGGCGUGGCUGCGCGACGACCGCUAAACGACGAUGUCAGUGGAGACACGCACCACGUCCGCCCUGCACAAAAGGGUCGAGCAGCUGAAACGUUGGGAGGAAUCGGAUACCAAUCGCGAACCAGUGACACCUAAACAGAGAUCGAGGAAAAUAAAGUUUUCCUCUGGAUGCGUUUUUCUUGCGGCGUGUGCUGCCGGCGAAAAAGACGAAGUGCUUAGAUUAUUGGAAAAGGGGGCCGACAUUGAUACCGCCAACGUAGAUGGUUUGACAGCCCUACAUCAGGCAUGUAUCGACGACAACUUAGACAUGGUGGAGUUCCUAGUGGAGCAUGGGGCGGAUGUAAACCGUGGCGACAACGAGGGUUGGACGCCGCUUCAUGCGACCGCCAGUUGCGGUUUCCUUUCGAUAGCCAAGUACCUGAUUGACCACGGUGCAAAUGUUGCGGCGGUUAAUUGCGAUGGGGAACUCGCCCUUGACAUAACUGAGAGUGAACGGAUGGAAGAAUUGUUAAAAUCCGAGGUGGAAGCCAGAGGGAUCGAUUGUGAAAAAGCGCGCAGCGAAGAAGAACGAUUGAUGUUAAGGGACGCCACCGAAUGGUUAAGCUCGAAAACUUCAUCCGUUGACAUUGGAAAUGCCAAAACUGGCGCUACACCUUUACAUGUAGCCUCUGCUAAAGGAUACGUUAAAGUAAUUAAGGUUUUGUUACAAUGCGGUGCGGAUGUUAAUAAACAAGAUAAUGAUGGAUGGACUCCACUUCAUGCGGCCUCCCAUUGGGGUCAAAUGGAAGCUACGGAAUUAUUAGCUAAUAAUAUGGCUGAUAUGGACGCUCAAAAUUUUGUUGGGCAAACACCUUUUGACGUAUGUGAUAACGACAUGUUACCUCAUUUGGACAUGUUAAAAAAGCGACAAGUAAAAGACGAAGCAAUGCGCGGUUUGGGUAAGAAGCGACCAGAACAAGAUAGAACGACGGAGGUUGAGAUGCCAACGAAGGUUAAACGUGUUGAGGUGAAAAUCGAAAGUAACGAAGAAGAUGAGAAUUUGAAGAAGGAAUCGGAAGUGGGAAUGGAAGUUUCUAGUUCGAGUGGUACAGACUCGAAUUCGGCGAGUGAUGAUUCGGAAUCGGAUGAUUCGGAAAGCGAAAUAAAGAACAAAGUAAAUACGAUGAACAACGACGUACCUCCAGUACACAUAGUAGCUGUUAAAGAAGCCUCUGAACAAGUUAAAGGGCCUCCGUCCUUACCACCUAAACAACCCCCACCUGAUAAUGUUAAUAUCGACGAUAGCGCUCCAACGUGGAGGAGACAAACUCACAGACCUAAUAGUUUUAGAGAAAAAGACGGUGAAAACGAGGUGACAAUUCGAAGAAUACACAGUUUUCAAAACGACCCAGAGUUCUACGCGCGGUAUCAGGAGCUGCGCUCACGCAUCCAGGCUAAUUCCUUCCCGUGUUACUACCAUCCCCCGAACAAGGACAAAUUCCAAACCUUUAUCCCACCCCUUUUCAAUAACUCAAACCAGCGGCAGCUCAGCAAGUCUAAUAAAAUUGAAAACGAAGACGCGACAAGUAGCACACCCGAAAUCACUGGUACCACAACAACAACUAAUACAACAACCACCACUACAACAACGCCAUCGACAAAAACGGUUUCUAGUAGUCCACUGCCAAAUGUUGUACCUAUUAGGAGUGGCUUGAAGUUGGCGAUUGCAAGCGCCACACCACCCACUAGUAGUGUUCAGACUACAACGCCCCCAACCCCCACUACACCAUCCAAUGGAAACAACAGGCUCACCAUGAUCAAAAACUUCUUCAAGUCUUUUGUUCCGCCCGUUCGAGAUGAAGAGAGCGAAACUCAACGAAAGGCUCACGCGAAGAGAGUACGAGAGACGCGCAGAUCAACGCAAGGGGUGACUCUGGAAGAAAUCAAGUCCGCCGAACAACUGGUUAAGAUGAAGAAUCAAACUACGAACAAUAAUAAUAAUAACAACAAUAACGUAGAGUCGGGGGCUAACGGAGACUCUAACACUACCGUCAGCGUAACCGCCACCAUCACCACAGCUACGCCAACCGUUAUUACAAGGGAUACCGAAGAACCGGUUGUUACAACGCAUGAAAGGAGGCCCUCGUGGAGAUUGCGGGUCGAUAAUGGAAGCAAGUUUAAACUUGAGGAUGUGAACAAACCGGAAGAACCACCUUCAACUCCAUCGUACAUUCGAAGGAGCGGCCUUCAAAGUAAUCCUCUUCCAAGACCUUCGUCCGCUCCUGUAGAAACUGCGGAUACAACCGUAACUUUACCGUUACGAAGACCUAAAUCUACCGAAGAGAAAAUCGCUUUGGAACAAGAUAAAGAAAACGAUGCUAGAAAUGCACAAGCUACUUUGGCUACCCAAGCUGCUAUUCAACGGAGAAGGAGACCCAAAAGACGAUCAACCGGUGUCGUUACUUUGGAGAAUAUGGAAGAUGGGGAAUCGGAAAAAGAUCAAUCGACAGGUGGAGGUGGUGAUUUUGAUGAUUCCACCAAAGUGAAUCAUCAAGAAAGUGGUAAUGAAAGAUCGGGAAGAAGUUCGCGCGUUAGCAGCUCAAGCGAUUUAAUUUUAAGGGGUGAAAAUGGCGAAAUCGAUUAUAAGAGGCUGUACGAGCAAUCGCUUACUGAAAUUGAUAGGUUGAAAGAUAAAUUGAGAAAAUCCGAUGAGGAACUUCGAGAUACUAAACAGACAUUAGAAAAAUUACAAACUGUUACGAGUAAAAACUCUUUAUCGGAGUUAGAAAAAAGGGAAAAACGGGCAAUGGAAAGAAAGUUAAGCGAAAUGGAAGAAGAACUCAAGCAAAUGGAAGUGUUGAAAACGGAAGUGCAACGAUUAAAGGACGAAAACGGAGCCCUAAUCCGAGUGAUCAGUAAACUAUCGAAAUAGUUACGUUUUAUUUAUUAUUGUUAACGUGCCCUUUCCCUCCUCCAUUAUUAACCGUGUUUACCACCUGCAUUUUAAACUUUGUAAGGUUGAAUCUUGAAACCCCCACCCGAUUUUUUUUUGGACCAUUUUAACGUCCCUUUUGUACUUUUCGUUCUAUGUUAUAAGUGGUUAGACGUCCGAUUCAAAAUAGUUAUUAUUCAACUGUAUACUUGAUGUUCUUAGUUUUUAUAUAGUUGAUGUGUAAAGUGGACAAUUAUAGUAUAUUGUUUUUUUUU